AAAUUCAGUCAUUUUUCUUGAGAAGUGGUUUAUGGCUUGCUUUAAACCACGGCUCCUUGCCACUAUUUCCUUCAAUAUCAGCCCCAGCAGAUUCUGUAAUGAUUAUUGUCUGUUUGCCCUGAUCUCUAAACGACUUUCUGUCUUCCCCCUAAAUGGUAAUGUUCCUUUUAAGCACCAAUUUCAAUAUUUACAUAGAGAGGAAAAGACAUAACGGUAACAUAACUCUAUUUGUUUCUCCACAGGAAGUUGCUCGUUUCAUCCGCUUAAUGUAAACCAGUGUUGGCCCAAGCAGUGACAGUUGAAAUGGAGGAAUGGGAGAUCAAAGAAGCUAAAGAGAACACCUCAUCAUCAAUAGUUAACAGGUCUUGUGAGAAUCUGGAAUGCUACAUGGUUCUCACCAAGGCAGAGAAGACAGCCAUCGGCUCCAUCUGUUUCCUGGCAGGUCCUAUCACACUGCUGGAAAAUGCUCUUGUGUUGGGAGUGAUCACUGCCACAGCCUCCCUUCGCCAGCGGCCUUCAUACCUGUUCAUUGCCAGCCUUGCUUUGGCUGAUGUCUUCGCCAGCUGCUUCUUCACCACCAGCUUCCUGGAUUUUCACCUCUUUCGCCGCAGUGAUGGUCCUACUGCCUACCUCUUCAAAUUAGGUGGUGUCACCAUGGCCUUUACCAGCUCUGUGGGGAGUUUACUGCUGACCGCUCUGGACCGCUACCUCUGCAUCCACCAGGCCUCCAGCUAUAAGGUGCUGCUUACCCGUCGGCGAGCCCUGCUGAGUCUGCUCAGCCUCUGGAGCGCCACCAUCUUCAUCUCCUUCUUGCCUUUGAUGGGCUGGAGGUGUCCCACAGUGCUUUCUCCACAAUGCUCACACCUGUUUCCCUACAUCAACCAGGGUUAUCUGGCAUGUUGGACAAGCUUCAUAUUGGUUCUUCUGGCUCUCAUUUUGUGGGCUUAUGUUCUCAUCCUGUGGAAAGCCCACCGCCAUGUGUCCUCUAUGACCAGCCUCCAGGGAGCAGCAGGGACAGGCCAGGCCUGCAUGAGGAUGGAUAUCCGGCUAGCACGUACAUUUGGCCUGAUCCUACUAAUACUGGUGGGCUGCUGGCUUCCUGCACUCUCCUUCAUGUUAGCUGAUGUCUCUGUACUCCUGACCCACACCCAACAGAGGGCCUUCGCCUUUUGCAGCACCCUAUGCCUGGUCAACUCUGCAGUCAACCCACUACUGUAUGCACUGCGCUGUCGAGAGCUGAGAGUUGCUCUGCUGCAGUUGCUACAAAGGCUGUGUGAGACUGGGAGGUGUACAAAAACUACAGAUGAUUUAACCACAGAAUUACCCUCCACAGAAGAUAACUGUACUGCCUUCACCGAGAAUGAUGAGUUGCCCAGGAUCAGAACCACCCGACUCAACUCAAUCUCUGAAAUAGUGAAAUGCUCAGAAGCUGAACUUUAGAGAGUGAGUUUGAAUUAAAGAGUAGCUGUACCGAUGGAUAAGCGUCUGGCAGUGUGCUUGGUGUGUAAAAGCAAACCACAGAGAACUUCACUGUAGAUUAAGAAUGAAAUCUUCAAUAGUCAACACACAGUAUGAGCAGGGAUCAUUCCAUCACAUUGUUAGUGCUGGCAAAUAAUUUAAGGCUAUUAUGUGAAAGGCUAUCAAACGAUAACUCUUCAAUAUUGUGAUAACAAGUGUUCCAGAAGAUCAGAAAGUCUAUUAAAUGUGGGAAAAUGUCCUACAUAAUGUGUUUUACUUGCAGUAAGAAGAUACACUGGAAAGGCAGCUUGUAAGUAGAAAACAUUCACCGAAAUAUUUUGUCAUCAUAACACAUUACGUGAAUCAUAGUCUCCCAUUGCCAGACCUAUCUCCACAGGAACUUAAAUCCUCACAAUAAGUAUAUAACCAAUUCCAUUGGCAUUAAAGCCUCUCGUGUCCAGGUCAGACAAAAGGUUCAGUGCAUGGAAGUGAGAUGAUCUCAUGUGGCCAUCUAACUUGUAACCUUUUGACCUCUCUGCCUCCCAUGUCAGUGCUUUAACACUCUCACUCCUAUGACACUGUGUCCCACGAACUGAAGUGCUGACUUAAUUUCUGAUUUCACCUCAUGGCAGAAAGGUGGGUUUGUUGUUUGUGUGUUUUAUGUUUGAGUAUUUGUCCCUGAACAUGUAGGAACAGAGGGCCCUCUGGGUUGCCUAUGCCAUCUGCACAUGAAUGCCCGGACUUUACAAAAGCUCUAUGCACGGGAGGAUUUCACACAAUGUUCACUGCAUGAAUCCAAGCAGUGUCCCGAGGUGAAUGGAGCACAUGCCAGGAAGAGAACGAGUACAGACACUAGAACACUCUUUGCAAUAGGGACAACUGCCGGCUGCAGUAAAUCACAUAUUGACAUCCACUUAAACUCACAGGUGCACACGCUUGACAGAACUCAUGUUCCAAAUGCUAACUCAGCUGAUUGAAAAAUAAUACUUAAUCCUAAUCUAUUUUGACUCAUUAUAUGUUUCUUUUUAAGCAAAUUCAAAAAGGAUAUCUUACUCAUCUGCCAUCCUUAAUCACUGUCAAGUGACCAAACAAAUCAGCAGCCUGCAAAAAAGUGUAAGGUUCUUCUCUUCUGGGUGAGUCUUUGCUGUCAUAGGUGACUUGCUGGAUCCUGGGUCUGCCUUACCAAAAAGUCAGCUAGAAAAUACAUAUUUCUUUGGAGACAAGAGAUGGAAGAAGGGGGAACUGAGAACAGAACUAUGUAGAGGAUGAUUAGUUAGUUUAUUAUUGGGUUUAAUAAAACAGACUUGCAAUAAAUUCUACAUUUAUAAAGGUUUAAUGUACAGAUCUUUGUUGAAACUGUUGAUACUGUGAGGAGGCAUUUGCAUUGGUUUUUAUACCCCAAUUAUAUGAAUUACCUCUCAGUAUGAAGCAUUACAAAUAAGAAGAAUACAGUAGAUAGCUCAGUGGAUGUGUCUGGCAAUGCGAGACUAGCUCAGUGGAAAAUCAAGAAUAUGAUUGUUCAUUUUCUUUUACUGCUUUUACGAGGAGAUGCUUGAUCGCACUUUAAUUGAUAUUGCUGAAUACUAAAUAGCUACUCUAGUUGCAAGCUACAUUCUGCAUAACAGUUCUGUGGCUGCGUGUUUACUUUCUUGAGGUUAUUUCAUAACAUUAUAACUGCAUAAGACUUUGUUUGUAUUUACCUACAGUAAUUUUUGUAUGCAUUAACAAGCCACAACCUUCCUGUUAAAAGAAUUUCAAUCCUGUUGAUACAGUGAUUAUCACGUUUUUUUUUCUCCAAUCAACAGAGUUCUGUGUUCAGGAAACGUCAUGGACAUGCAACAAAUGGUCAAAGCCAGAUGAACACAGCCGUAGAGACUGAAACAAAUAUAAUCACAAAACAAU